UAUAUAUUUUUUUGCUAUACAUAUCAUGGAAUUGUGAAUCACGGCUUGCUCUGCUGGACACAAGCAUAACCUUCUUUGUCUGCAGAAAACUGAAGGCAUUUUUCGGUGUAAAAAAAUAUUAAGAAAAGGCAUGAGUGUAACAUAAAGCGUAACGAUGACAACUUCAGACCGUGAGAGGAUGCCUGCACCAUGGCCGUGUGUAACAGGCGAAUUUGUCAUAAUUUUGACUUUUUUGACUGGAUUACAAUUUAAUGGCUAACAACUCAACAUCCACUGAAACAACUGAUGUACUCGCCGAAGUGGACCUCAGCUGCAUGGACUGCCUGUGCGAGGCUGCCACCGGGUGCAAUUUUACCGCAAAGUGCGGAACUGGUUCCUACUUCUGCGGGCCCUUCCACAUCUCGUGGGGUUACUGGGCUGACGCGGGUAAGCCCGUUCUGCAGCACGACAAACCGGAGAGGAAGGGAGCCUUUGAGACCUGUGCCAUAGACCCCUACUGCUCUGCAAAUAUUGUCAGCGAGUACAUGAACAAGUUUAGCAAGGACCCCAAGAAAGGCGGAUGCAAUGGUGAUGGGAAGAUCGACUGCAUUGACUAUGCUUACAUGCACAGACUCGGAGGCUACACCUGCAAGGACCCGUCCAUGACCAGCACGACCUUCUUCGAGAGGUUCAACACGUGCUGGCAGGUGGUCCAAGCAGCAAUGCCCAAGGAGUCUCCUCAAGCUAGCUAAUCUUCUUUUGUGUCUCUUCAAGGAGAUCUGAGGUGAUCAUUGUCACUUCUGUGUUACCAGUUGAUCAGGUUUUCAAGUGAUUUUGUUUUCCAUCUGAAACUGUUGUGCAUUGCAUUUCAUAAUAAUGAUUCAUCCUCAUGAGCUCCCUCCUUCCCUUCAAACUGUUAUUUAUGCUGCUUCAUCAUUCACAAUUCAUUUAUUUCCUAUUAAUUCUUUUGAUGCUUACAUGCUUUUCUUUGCAUCUUUGAUUGCUUUGAACGCAGUCAUGAAUCUUCCCACGUCACCAUAGCAUUGUUGUGUGCACACUGUGUCUGUGUUUUCUGAGAUAUUUGGUCUAUUAAGGGCUGAAAAAAGUGUUUAUAUAUUUUGUUGCAAUUUGAUAUUAUCUAUAAACUUUCGUAACUCAUGAGUGGUAAAGUCAUAUUCCAUCUUGUAUUUUUCUAACUGAAUAAAGAU